AUGACUUCUUUUCCCUGGAUAACCUUCGAAACAUCCCGUAGUGGAAAUAUCGUGACACACUAUGAGCCUGAACUCAGACCGGCACUGUCCGAAUCUCAAGCUGACAAUGUCGAGAGAAACUACCGCCCAUCCUUUGUGACCUUCGUAGGACGGAGAUCUAAGGCGAUCCUUCUCGAUAGACUCCUGGGACGUGAUCUCGCAGUGCCUGUGCACAAAGAAGUAUACCUUUGGUCGCUACCUCGGCAAAACGGAUCCCCGCCGUGUGUCAUAAUUGACUGUGGCAUGCAGAAUUCUCAAUCACAACCUCCUAAUCCGUCUGCUGCUAGAAGCGCGACACCUGCAACGUCUUGGUCCCUACCAGAGAUCCGAAACGUGAGUGCGACACUAUGCGCGCGGGUUUUCUCUCCCUUUUCCAGUGUGAUCUGCUGUUUUGUCAGUGAUCUAGGAGGCCCAAAGGCUGUCGCAAACUGGCUAGCUGACUUUGCGGACGCUGCGACGGCACGAGAUCUGCCGACAGUGCCCCGCAUCUUGUUGGUUGUAGAGACGACAUCAGAUACAUUCGACGAAAGCAUUGCGACCAGCAAGGCUAUCGCGCAUCUCCAGCAGGCUUCGCACACAAACGACUGUGUCCAUGAGAACCAGCUUGAUCAUCUGAACAUUGGCGAGAUCGAGGUGCUUGGAUUGCAGUCGUAUAAGUCGACUGCAGCACGUGCACGGGCUUUAAAGAGGCGCUUACUAGCAAUGUCUGAAAAGUCGAUGAAAGAACGCGCUGGCAAACUUACACAAUUCAAUCACACUCAUGUUCAAGCUCUCACAAAGCGAGCCUUGGGUCAUAUCAGCACUAAAAUUGACGAGCCAUUUCAACUCGCCAACGCUUCGCGAUCAAAAGGUUUCACGACAAGUCUUCUAGAAGCCUGUCUCUCGGACUUUUUCUUACAGUUGCCUUCCCAGGCCUGGCUGUGGCACUUCGCUGCACCGCUUGUAGCUUCAGCCCUGCUGCUCGCCAGCUACCCACCGGGCGCCCAUAACUUCGCGCCUGAUUACCUUUUCGACGCGCUAUACGCUACGCCAUGCAAAGCAGCCAUCGCUACGUAUACAAUGUUUGAGGAUAUUCAGCACAAGUUCAUAUCGGCGGUGCUUCAAGAGUUCAAGAAUGUCUUCGAGAUCUACAUCAGCAACACAUCGUCUGCGAGCGACAUUCACCCUGAAACUCUUAGGACUAACCAUACCCACAUGGCAAGCCUCAAGAGUCACCGAACGUGCUUUUCAUGCUUCUUGCGCAUGCCUGAGAAGGUCCUCACAUGUGGUCAUGCCUUAUGCGAUCCAUGCAUUCGGAUCUUUGGAAUUCGUUGCCGCUCCGAAAGGAAUACCUUUGAAAUCAUAGAUUGCAUCUUGUGUGGAGUCAACUUCAUGAGUCACAAGUUCCGUUUUGUGCCUCCAACAGCGGGCAUACGUAUGCUGAGCAUAGAUGGAGGCGGCGUUCGGGGCGUCAUUCCCCUUGUGUUUCUCCAGCAGCUCGACCGCACACUUGCGCCGCUAGGCUGCGCCAUCAAAGAUCACUUUGAUUUCGUAUGCGGUACCUCAGCUGGCGGUCUUGUUGCUAUAGGCAUGUUCUUGUUACAAUGGGACGCAACGGAGUCCAUACAGCGAUACGAGCAAGUAGCUGCAAAAACAUUUGGCAGGCGAAAAGCGUUAAUAUCAAGGGCUCUUCAGCUCAUCGUUGCAUAUGUUGAGGACGGUCAGUACAGUCUGGAUGCUGUGCAAGAAGCAUUUAGGAAAACGUUCAACUCUAAUUUGCAGAUGUUCAACCCGCUACGGAAUGACACCAAGGUCGCCGUCACCACUACCGCAGUUGAUGAUUCACUUCCAUGGCUGUUCACCAACUACAAUGGGGGAAAACGACCUAAAAGUGUUGGGUACGAUGUCGUUCGCGCCGAGAAGGCAAAGAACGAUAUUACUGUGAGCGAUGCGGCAUGUUGUACAUCGGCCGCGCCUUGGUUCUUCAAACCACAAGCUGUAAGCAGCCUGGGCACCUACCAAGAUGGGGGUUUGCAACAUAACAACCCAGCCAGCAUAGCUCAAUGGGAAAGCCGUUUCCUUUGGCCGCAUAAAGACAAUCCGGACUUUGCUCUCUCACUUGGGACGGGGUUUGCGGCGGAGCCGGCGAGCCUAGGACUUGUCAUCCCACGAUUCUACACUCGCCUAUUCAAAAGCUUCAUGCGAAACUUGAACGGUGAAGACGCAUGGAUACGCUUUCGCAAUUCUUUGGAUCCGAAAACGCGUCCUCGGUACCACCGGCUGAACGUAAAAUUCACCGGCCCCGAGCCUAGCUUAGAUGACGCAAAGCAGAUACCCAGUCUCAAAGCCGCAGUCAUACGACAACUCGAGGAGGACAAGGCGACUCUAACUCCAGUGGUGGAUUCAAUGCUAGCUUCCAUGUUCUACUUCGAAUUGGAUGCUUUGCCCAUCCCCGACGGAAAUGGUUAUCUUUGCCUGGGAUACAUCCAUUGUCGUCUCGAUCUCCCAGUCGGAGGUCUCAGAUAUUUAUACGAUCAGCUACUCGAGACCUCGUCAUGGUUUCUUGUCCAAGGUAGUCCUAUUCAGUGCGUCCAGUUCAUACCGAAAGGACCUCCACCCUUCAAAAGACGAAUAAAUUUUCGAGUGGAAAGUAUGGACGAAGUGAUUGCGUUUUCCCUAGGAGGAAUCACUAGUACAACUACUCUUAUAAGUGGCUUUCCGACAAGACUAGAGAAACUGAUUGAGGACCAAAGUCUCGUCAGGCCUUUUGGUACCCUUGAUCAUGUAGUAUCGGAAAAACCACUACCUGCCACUCCUGUGAAACGUCCCAGUGUCAUUGAGACUUCUGAACGCGUUCAUGACGCAAAAAGGCCCCGCGUCAAGACAGGAUUCUUCUGA